UUUUAAUUCAGUAGUUACGUACUUUCGCGCGCGGGUGACGUUCCGAUUUUGAAUUUCGAACGCGAAGUGUUGUGAAGUGUUUGUGGUGAAUUUUUUUUUUGUUGGUUGUAAACAAGCCAUGUGAACACCCCCACCAUGUCUUCCCAAGUGCUCCCCUACCGUGAGACGGAAGACCUGAACAUCGAAGACAGCCGCUCCUCCAGCCCAAAGAACAUGAAGUACUACGAAGAUAAAACCACGUUAACUACCAAGAAGAGCUUCUGCAUAGAUGCACUACUGUCUCCAGAGUCGAGCUUGCAGGAUAAAAUGACGCAUCAGAAAUAUUUGGCGUUUAUACAGAAUAAGAAUUAUAUUACUAGGUACCAAGACAACUACGACGCACAAAUAGAACAGAACACCAUAAACAAGUUCCCCGAAAGUGGCUCCGGCCAGAGCAGUCCCCGCAGCGGCAGCCCAGGGUCUGACGAUGGAAACCGGUCGGAGUCCUACAGCCCGCCUAUAUCCCCAGGAGUGGAAGGUGGCAAUGAAGAGUACGAGAGCUAUAGACCAGGAAUCGUCCCCAAACCAGGUCUCCUCCGCAGCCGCCGGUGAUGGCGCAGUCCCCCUCUUCAACUACCAGAUGCCCGGCCCCCUGCCCUCGGCCUUCCACCACCCUGGAGA